GUCCUUUUGGGAGAAUCCAUCAGCAGUAAGCCCGCCUCUUUCUAGUGACAUCACUGUAGUGUAGCAGCAACCUGUAAGAAGGUCAAAUUCCUUGCUGUUCAGCUCAGGUAAAACAAACAACAUUUCUUGCAGAGCAGGGAGGAGCCUGGGAACUAAGAGUGACACAACGUUCUGUGGUCACUGGAUCUGUAAUCCACCACCACCACCAGCCUGGGACAUGAAAUCUGAUAAAGAGGACAUUAAACCUGACUGGAUCGAUCCAUUGUUACCAUUCAAAAGAGCACAUUCAGAUGAACACAUUCAAAUGAAUAAAGUAUUCCAAACAUUCCAAAUAAGUCCAGUGCUGCUACAAGAAGAAGUGGCCCAGCUUCAGGAGGAGGUGCACUUACUUCGGCAGAUGAAGGACAUGUUGACUAAAGACCUGGAGGAAUCUCACGGUGGUAGGUCAGCAGAGCUGCUUUCAGCUACAGAACUGAGAGUGCAGCUAACACAGAAGGAGCAAGAAUUGUCACGAGCUAAAGAAGCACUGCAGGCAAUGAAGGCAGACAGGAAGCGCUUAAAGGCUGAAAAGGCUGACUUAGUGAGCCAGAUGCAGCAGCUGUAUGCCACACUGGAGAGUCGAGAGGAACAGCUACGGGACUUCAUCAGGAACUAUGAGCAGCACCGAAAGGAAAGUGAGGAUGCAGUUAAAGCACUUGCAAAAGACAAGGAUCUUUUGGAAAGAGAAAAGUGGGAGCUUCGCCGACAAGCCAAAGAAGCCACAGAGCAUGCGUCUGCACUUCGAUCACAGCUGGACUUGAAAGAGAACAGAAUCAAGGAGCUCGAAGCAGAGCUGGCAAUGAUAUCCCGCAUUGUUGCUCAGAAAAAGGAUUUUCGCACUUUCGAUCGCCCUCCUGAAAUGGAGCCCUUCAUAAGGGUGAUGUCGGCAAAGCAGUCCUUAGCAACAUUAACCAAGGAUGUCCCGAAGCGCCAUUCACUAGCGAUGCCAAAUGAGGCCAUGCUAAAUGGCAACCAGGAAUGGGUAAUGCAGGCAGAUCUCCCACUUACUGCAGCAAUCCGACAAAGCCAACAGACACUUUAUCAUUCACAUCCACAGCACUCUACAGAACGGCAAACUGUAAGAGUAAGUCCUUGCCACUCACGGCAGCCGUCAAUAAUUUCAGAUGCAUCAGCAGCAGAAGGCGACAGGUCAUCAACGCCAAGUGAUAUCAACUCACCACGGCAUCGAACGCAUUCCCUCUGCAAUUCAUUAGAGGAUCUUGAAGAUCAAAAACGAAAAAAGAAGAAGGAAAAGAUGGGAUUCGGUUCCAUUUCCCGAGUCUUUGCCAGGGGGAAGCAGCGGAAGUCUCUGGACCCCGGGCUCUUUGAUGAUUCUGACAGUCUGUCAAGUCCCACUCAUUGGAGUCUGAGCCUCUCAGAGGGUGAGGAACAGAUGGACCGUUUGCAGCAGGUGGAGCUUGCACGAACUACACCUAUGUCCCAUUGGAAGGCAGGGACUGUACAGGCCUGGCUUGAGGUCAUAAUGGCCAUGCCAAUGUAUGUCAAGUCAUGUUCAGAGAAUGUGAAGAGUGGAAAGAUGCUAUUAACAUUAACUGAUGAAGAUCUGGAAACUGGACUUGGGGUGAACAGUUCCAUGCACCGCCGAAAGAUACGCUUGGCAAUUGAAGACUACAGAGAAGCAGAAGGUGGUCGAAGUUUGUCUAAAGCAUCUGAAAUGGACCAUCACUGGGUUGCUAAAGCAUGGCUGAAUGAUAUUGGGUUGUCUCAGUAUUCCCAGGCUUUCCAGAAUCACCUAAUCGAUGGACGAAUGUUAAAUUCAUUGACAAAGCGAGAUCUGGAGAAGUACCUUAAUGUGUCAAGAAAGUUCCAUCAAAUCAGCAUUCUUCUGGCCACUGAAUUGAUUUUUCAGCUAAAUUUUGAUAAGGAGGCUCUACAUGAAAGAAGAGCAAGAUGUGAGAACCGUAACACUGACCCCCUUGUUUGGACCAACCAUAGGAUCAUAAAGUGGGUGAAAGACAUUGAUUUACAGGAAUAUGCUGAUAACUUACUGAACAGUGGGGUCCACGGAGCUGUUCUUGUAUGGGAGCCUACAUUUAACUCAGAUGCCAUGGCAACUGCACUGGGAAUCCCUAGCAACAAGCAUAUUCUUAGAAGACAUCUUGCCGAAGAAAUGAAUAUAAUUAUCAACCCAGCCAGAACAGGAACAGCAUGGCUGAGUGAACGAUUCAGCACUCCUAUCACCCUAAGGCAGGGCUCACUGGGGCGCUCUGCCAGCUCAGGGAGAUCAACAGAUGAUGAGAAUAGUCUGAAGUUCCGAUCAAGCAAGUCUUCACUCAGACAGUCUGGGAAAACAUUUGGUGGAAAAGAUCAAGGCUUCUCUGAGAAGUAUAGCUCACUUAAACAAGAAGAACAUGAGGAUACACUGAGCAGAUCUGGACGCAGUGCUCUAGAAAGCUUCACAGGGAUUGAAGUCACAAAUAUAUGAAAAGGAUGGAAGAAAGAGAUGUCUGAAUAACUACUGUAUAUUGUACUGUUAAUACAGAAUGCAAAAUUAAUACUAUCCAAUAUUAUUUAGAUGGCUCCACGUAACCAUUACUGACAGAUAUUAAAGGAACAGACAAUAUAAUUCUAACACAGGAACACAGAGAAAACAUAUGCAUCUACUGCCAUGGAAUUUAUUAAAACUGAGUGCAUCAUACAUGUUUUCUUUAUAUGUUUAUUGCCAAAUGGAGGAUCUCAAUGUGGGACAUCAUAUCACUAUCAAAAGAACUAUGCAUUCUUAUGGGAUUCUUGACUAGAAGUGCUCAAGUUAAAGAUACAGAAAAUAAUUCACCAUGGAAAAGAUAGAAGGAAACUGGCUGUUCGUAAAGUAUAUAACAAACCUACCAGACUAUCAGUUAUACAAGACCAGAAAAAGAUGUUACAGUUCUUUGUCGAUAUAAUUACUUUCUAGUUUAUGAUGAGUACACAUAACUUUGUAAAUAAAUAUAAUAAAAUAUUUAUGUAAUAUUGUUAUAAUGUGAGAAAGUGGAUAUGUGUUGUGUAAAAGAAAUGCAAAAGCUAAAAGUUUAUAUCAUGUACAAUAUUAUCAGUGACAUAAACUGUAAACAUCUGGUAUCAACUAAAGCAUUGAUACUGGAAAUAUCCUGAAGGAACUUUAAAUGCUGCUGAGAAACCACAUGCCAUCCCUUUACACCGGUGUACUAAAUGAUGUAGUAUAUGAGUAAUGCCAUAGAAACAUCACAUUACUCAACAAGGAAACACUAAUCUAGUAAGAGAUGGGACUGGAUAUCAGAACGUAGAUGUCAUGCAAAGAGUAGAAUGUUGUCAACAAAAUUAUCAGGGGCAUAUAUUCAUUUUCUAUGCAAGCAGACACAAAGUAACUUAUGUAGGAUGUCAUAUUUUACAGUGGUAAGUAUCUUAAUUUUGGAGCUAACCAUGAUAUGCGGAUGCAAGAUAACAAAGUGGAGCAUCACGAUGCAUGGUGGGAUAUCUCACAAUAAGAAAGUUUCACAAUAUUAUUAACAUGUGGCGAAAGACUCCCAACUAAAUGCACUGGGCUAGCUGUGCUUUCCAAAAAAAAAUGAAACUGCUUGCUGAUGCAGCACCCAUGAUAAACCUAAAAGUUAAAUUUAUUGCAUUAUUGUCUGUUCUGAGACAAGAAAGCAGAACUAUCAUUGGUAUGCAAGCAAUCAACAAAUCCCCUAAUAGGAAUUCAUAAUUCAGUGAGUAGGCAAUUUUUUGGAGAUACAACACAGGCUUUACAAAUGAUAUAAGUUCAGUAAGCACUACAGUUGCUAUGCAUAUUGGAGAUACUUAUUCAGAAUAGGCUGUCAAGAAGUCAGCACAGACUAUUACUGAAAUGACUGAAGAGAAUAUAUAAUAAUUCAUGAAAAAUGUAUAUGAUCAUGUUAAUGACUGCAUAGAUACAGCUGAUUCUACCCAGAAUAAGCACAAGACAAAAUUAAAAAAAAAAACAAGCCGCCCUGGUAGAAUCCCAACAUCAAUAGGUCCGAUUACAAUAAGAAAAAAAUUAUGGCAAAAAUUAGGAAGUGUAAUUCCCAGCAAGGUAAAAAUAUCCUCAUCAAUCAAAACAGGCAUCUCAGGGGCUUAUCAAAUCUACCAAAGCUAAAUAUAGGUAAAAAUAGCCUCCCAGGACAAGGACAAUCACAAGGCAUUCUUUGGCUAUGUUCAUAACCUUAAAGGCAAUUUACAACAAUGUGCUGAACUAAUUGUAAAUGUAGCCACCUAUACUGAGCCAGAAGAUUUAGCAAAUCUACUGGCUGACAAAUUUUGCCCCAAUUUUACCCCCCUCUCUCCCUCCCCAGACACCCCUCAGGAAAUACCCUCAGCUAUAACACUCCAACUAUCACUAGGAAGUAGUUUCUCAAUGCACCUCUGAGAUCCAGAACAUUGCACCAAUUAGCCCCAGUAAUAUACCAAGGAUGCCUCCUUAAUAGCAUGAAACAUGACCUAUCAGGACCACUAGAAGCACUAUUUAACCAUAGCAUCCAUUCAGGCUUUGUGCCAAGUGAAGUAAGGACUGCAAUUGUCAUCCUCUGCACAAGGGAGGGCCAUUCACAAACCUAUUUAACUACAGACCCAUAAGUCCGACAACUCUUGAAUGCAUAGCCAUGGAAAGAAUUACCCUGGAAGUGAUAGACAAUAACAUUGGAACCCUUCAGACACAGGAUCGAACCCAGUUAGGUUUCAUCAAAGGCAUGUCCUGCCUGCUCAACCUGGUAUACUUGUUUGAGAAUGUCACCAAAGUAAUGGACGAUGGCAAAAUGAUGCAUACUGUCUACCCUGACCUGUUCAAAGCAUUUGACACAAUACCCCAAUCAGGCACUGUAGACAAACUCACAAUAUUAGGUAUAUACCCUUAUGUCAUCCAGUGGAUGACCAGAUGGCUCAAAGGUAGGACCCAAGAAGUUAGGAUAGGCAAGUUUACCUCAAUACCACCUCAAAGUCUUAUCCCUGUACUCAUUCUCCUACAGACUGCUGAGAGGUGAUCUAUACCUGGCAUACAAAGCAUCCUCUUUGCCAGCUGUGAUGUACCUGUCACACAUCCGCAAAACAAAUAAUAUCAGAAUUACCCAAUCUAGGGACCUAAACCUCAUCUGUAACAUAAACAGGACAUGUUUGAAGGACAGGUAUAUGUCUGAAAGACUACCCCUUAUCUGAAAUCAGCUUCCCAUCCAUGUGAAGCAGAGUUCUUCCUUAACCCAGUUUAAGUGUAACUUGGACCAGUGUAUGGGGAAUAGUAGUUUUACCCCUGGUCUGGCACCUAUGUCCUUAUUAGACAGAGGCAGCCCGUAAAUGCUUGACCACCCAUGCCCAAGGCUACAAAUACCUACAUUUGGGAAGUAUGGCUAGGAUUAAAAAGGCCCCCCUGUGGUCAUUAAACUAGUAGUAAUCUAUGAACCUAUGAUGCAUUUAAUGUUACAUUAACUUUGGCACAAUUAUUAGCUAAAAGUUUGUACCACAUUUUCUAAGUCAAAGAGAAGGAAAAAUAAGUGCUUAAAGUCUGCAUGACAAAUGCAUAGUAGUGCAUGAACAUUUAGAUCUUAUGUAAGGAAACAUGCUCACUUGCCCAGAAAUGCAUUCAAACAUUAAUUCAGUAACUAGAGGCUGGAUUAAUUAGUAAUGUGUGACAACUCAGGCUGAUUUUAUAGUCAAAACAUAAUUAAGCACAGAAGAAAACAUCCAGCAACAUGAUAUUGUUCAUUGUUAUAAGGCCACAGUUUAAGCAGAAUUCCACAUUAUAUCAAAUGUACAGAGGUGGAAGUGAGGACAGUGACUAAUAAAUGACUUACAAGGUAGACUGUUAGCACAGCAGUCUAUAUCGCAGUAAAAUGUAAUUGUGUACAUGGUAACAUGAUGUUGUGAUUUAAUAAUACUAAUUGUAAAACAAUGAUUAUGGCAAAUAUCUUGUGCACAACUGUGUUAAGGAUUCCCAGGGAAAAAAUUUGUAUAUAGUAGAUUGACAUGCACUAGUUUUCAUUCAUUUCUUUAUCCUGUAUAGAAAUAUUACAUUAUUUUAAAAAGAGAAUUGCGUGUAUUCAUUAAUUCUACCUUAAUGUUAGAUGAUUUUUUUAACAAUAAAAGAAUUCAUGCAGCAGUA